CGUGGCCACGCCCCUUCACUGCUGGUGACGCAGGCGCCCUGUGCUUUUUGGGCGGGAAAAAGAAGCAGUCCUGGGUUGUACCCGGCGCGGCCGGGAGCAGCUGCUUCCUCCGGGGCCGUAUCCCCGCCCGGCAUGGGGCUGCUGGACCUUUGCGAGGAAGUGUUCGGCACCGCCGACCUUUACCGGGUGCUGGGCGUGCGACGCGAGGCCUCCGACGGCGAGGUCCGACGAGGUUACCACAAGGUGUCCCUGCAGGUACACCCGGACCGGGUGGGCGAGGGCGACAAGGAGGACGCCACCCGCCGCUUCCAGAUCCUGGGAAAAGUCUAUUCCGUUCUCAGUGACAGAGAACAGAGAGCAGUGUACGAUGAGCAGGGAACAGUGGACGAGGACUCUCCUGUGCUCACCCAAGACCGAGACUGGGAGGCGUAUUGGCGGCUACUCUUUAAAAAGAUAUCUUUAGAGGACAUUCAAGCUUUUGAAAAGACAUACAAAGGUUCGGAAGAAGAGCUGGCUGAUAUUAAGCAGGCCUAUCUGGACUUCAGGGGUGACAUGGAUCAGAUCAUGGAGUCUGUGCUUUGCGUGCAGUACACAGAGGAACCCAGGAUAAGGAAUAUCAUUCAGCAAGCUAUUGACGCCGGAGAGGUCCCAUCCUAUAAUGCCUUUGUCAAAGAAUCGAAACAAAAGAUGAAUGCAAGGAAAAGGAGGGCUCAGGAAGAGGCCAAAGAAGCAGAAAUGAGCAGAAAGGAGUUAGGGCUUGAUGAAGGCGUGGAUAGCCUGAAGGCAGCCAUUCAGAGCAGACAAAAGGAUCGGCAAAAGGAAAUGGACAAUUUUCUGGCUCAGAUGGAAGCAAAGUACUGCAAAUCUUCCAAAGGAGGAGGGAAAAAAUCUGCUCUCAAGAAAGAAAAGAAAUAAUGGAAUUUUUCUCUUCAAAGGUCUUUAGGUGUAAAUUGAUGCCAUCAUAGGCAAGGUGCAGGCAAGAUUUGAAGGCAAAAGUCAAUUCAACUCUUGAGAAAAGGUGUCUUUCCAGCCUGAAUUUUUCAGAUUGACUAGACCAAGCAGAAUCUCUCAACCUGAUCUUAGUAUUUCCUAGAAACACUUGACAUUGUGUGAGGUCUCACCUGAAGGAACUUUGUGGUGACAGUUGGGAGGGUGGAGGGAGGCAGUGUCCUUCCUGACAGCACUUGCCUCCAUGGAUCUUCUGUACACAGAACUCUUAUCUAGGAUGUGGUUCUGUUCAUGCCGCUUUCUGCGACGUGUGUGUCUGUUAGAAUAGGCUCUCUACCCAGCUAGAACACCUUCCAGACACUUGCUGGACAGCUAUCUUCCACAUACUUCCCAGUUUACAUUUGGUCUUAAUGAUCUUGAAUAGAUCCUGUCUUCAUUUUACUCAGCCAGGUUUUGUACUGAUGUACAGGUGUUAAAUUAUUUCAAGCAUUUUUGUAAGAGUUGUAUAUGAUUAAAUAAAAAAGGUAAAACAUGAUGAUUAAAUUCUGGGGGCUUUGUAAAUGAUCCCAGUAAAAUGUGACCUAGAAAAAAUAUGAAUGGCGUUUAGGAUGAGAGAAAAGGGGAAAACAGUAGCCCUGGUCAGCUUUAUAAUAGAGAGCCUGGUUUCCCUAGCAUGAAGAGAUGUAUGUUGUAGUCCUGCCACUAAUUGCUGAAGUCCUGCCAUUAAUUGCUGAAUGUCUUCAGUUGGGCCACUGAGCUUGUCUGAAUCUGUUUCCUUUUAUAAAAGAGUUAUUACAUCAAAACAGAGUGAAAUCCAAACUUGUCAAACUGUAUGUAUUAAAUAUGUCCAGUUUUUUGGUUAAAAAAAAAUAGCGCCAGCUUUGAGGGAAAACACAGGGUGAGGGAAUUGGGCUAAAUGACUUCUUACAGGCCCCUUUCUGACUCUUUAACUUUGAAAGGCAAGCCAUAUUGAUCCAGUUGUUAUAGUGAACUCAUGGUAAUGGUUUGUGAGAACAAUAGAGAUUUUCAUUUCUAUGUAGAUGAGUUGGUCUGAGAAUAUAUGGAAUUUUUUAAGGGACUGUUUAAAUGUUUGAUUUGUAAGCUAUUAAAUAUACCGUAUGCAUAAAGUAAGCCUUUAGCUCUAAGGUAAAGAUGACACAUUUUCGGUUUGUGACUACAAAUAGGUUAAAAAUAGUUGUUAAUUGUAUUAAAAAUAUAAUUUAAUGCAGGUUGUUUGAAGUAUCUGUCUUCAUAUGAUGGCAUUAGAACACCUUGGUAUAAUAAAAAGUUACCAUAAUUUAUGAUUAUUUGAAUUUAUCCAUUCUGAAAAUUAAUAAGAUCUAAAACUGGCAUGACAGUCAAGAUUUGUAUUUAGUGAAAUUUAAAAUAAAUUUAAGCCAUAGUUAAAA